AUGGCAUCGGGGGCGAACGGCGAUGUCCACAUGGCAGGUAUUUUAGAUCUGAUCAGGUUCGCAGAUGGAGAAGAGCCUGAAGACAUGAUCCCAUUUCCCGAGCCUCCUCCAACCAAUACGCCUCCGCCCCCUUAUGUUGGUUCGGCCCAGACGCCAGAAGGCCUUCUCGCAACAGGGUCAACGCCUCAGUCUCCUGAGACCGAGGCCCCAGCCACACAGAGUGGAAUCGACCUUGCUGUGCAGUAUCUGCUCCCCGCAGAGAUCAGAAGUAAGGAUGCCCUGGGCGUCAAGAUCUUGCAGAGAAUGGACACCAAAUACGUCCAGACAGUUUCGGGCGAGAUGAUCACAGGCGACACCCUCAUCAUAAUCGACGUGCCCAGGGGUCAUCUACCCAACCGCACCUGCACUGGCUCUUCCUACCCGCAUCAGUACCGCAUCAGAAUUUGUUCAUCAAAACUACGCAGCUGCGGGUUCGACCUCUUCCCACGCCUCUUGGAUGAUGAAAAAUACCAGGCCAAGACCUUCCGUCGCUUUGCGGCCAAGCAGACUCGACCGCCGGACGUCACUUACAUCCUUGAUCUUGGUCCUUCCACUGACGAAGACCUCCAAUCAACGCAGCUGGAAACUCUUAGUCUCUCAAAAGGCCUGAUUCGAUGGUACAAGGUUGCCAAGGUGCCGCCGUAUGUCAACGUUGAGCUUGUUGCAGGCCACGACGAUUGCUGCGAAUGUGCCGAUACGUCUGACGGGUUGCCGUCCAAUUCGUCUGAAGAGUCGCCUACCCAAGGUCGGGACGACAAAGGCAGUAUUUGGCAUUCUUGCACUCACUCGCCCGAGUACAGAAAUAUCGAGGAUUACUGCGAGGUGCGUCAUGCCGCCAACGUAGUGCGGUUGCUUCGGGCUAUUGCUGGUAUGCCUGGCUGUCGAUUACCGCUGAACUCCGCCCCAAGGGUUUUCACCAUGGCCGGCCUGGCAAAGCUGUUUGAGCUGAACUUGUCGCAUCAGAGCUCGUGGCUGCGGAACGAGAUAUUAUGCUGGUUUGUUGCGGACAGGAACAGCCAAAUCAUAGAGAUCCUUACCGAAGAAUCCAUCAUCAUGGCAUACAACUUGAAGCUCGCCAAGGUUGCGCGCGCCACCUAUCGGCUUCUGGUCAGCGAGCACGCCCUCCAGCUUGAAUCCCGCCUCCCAACUCAACGCGGCCGUCACCAUUUCUCGGUUUUUGGGCGUCCACUCCGGGAUAUCAACGAUGACGCAAUCCAAACUGCGGUUGAACACGGCGGACAGGCGCUGUCUGAGCGUGUCCUCGGAAUUGUACAGAAUCUUGAGUCGGACAAUGCUCUGCAAUGGCUCGGGAUGAAGCAGUGGCGUGAUUUGGAACAUGCCAUUCAAGCCAUCGGAAAUUACGUGGACUCUUCGAUGCCCUGGAAGACCAAGGUCCAUGUGGAAUCUGCUCAGAAAGCAUUUGCUGAUCUCAAGCUUGCGCUCCUCAAGAUAGUACGCCGGCGAUUAGCUGACGCGGUUCACCUCAACAGCCUAAGUACGAUCGAACGUUACGGUGAGAACCUGAGCUACUAUGCGUCUCCUGGUCACACCAUGAAGUUCCCUGAGAUCUGGCAUAGUCUCAACGACCGACAGAAGCAGCUUACUGCCGUAUUCUGGGAGCAUCUGGAAAGAAGAUGGCCAUUCAAGAUUGACAUCAUGCCGGAACGCGUCAGCCUUCGGCUGAUAGCUCAACGCUUAAACAUGGCCUUGAGCAAACUAUCCGAUCCAACUGCCGUUACAGGACGAGAAAUCUACCCGCGGCAUUACAGUCUGAAUCUUGAACUCUUGGUAACCCAGCUCUUUGAUUCAGUGCAGUUUAACGUGUGCGAGCCCCUGAGGGGCCAGGGAGUCGUAAAACCCGAAAACUCGGAGCUACAGCUUCUCACUAUGUCAUCUCAUCUUCUCGUUGGCCUCGACGAAGACGAGAUGCGUUUUCUGCCUCUCUGGGCAGACGGGCUAAAUGAUGGGUCCGGUGGCGUUUACAUCAGCAUCAUCCCCCCAGACAUGUCUGACACUGCACCCAUACAGCCGGGACCCGGAUACGUCACGGGCCACAGCAGAGCCACGGAGGCGACCAACUCCACCGUCGGCGAUCUUGACCUCGACCAUCUGGAUAUCCAGAGCGUUGCCACCAUGACGGAGACGAACGCUGCUGGCCGAGCCACGUGCUCUACAGUAGCGCCUUCUUCCCAAGUUAGGGGCAGCGUAGACCUUGACUUUCAGAACGCGCGCUAUGCCGAUCCUGCCGAACACCAGCCGGUAUCUGUGGGCGUCUUUGGUCUUGUGGACACCUUGGAGGAGGAGGACGAGUCUCAAGAUGAGGACUCUGAUUCCGGCUCGGAUUCAACUGCUCAAAACACGCCCACGGCUUCGGUGGCCGACACAGACACGGACAGCAGAAGCUCUGACUGGGUCAUGACCUGA